AUGGUCAAGUGGACAGGAGAGGCUGAACACGCCUUUGAGGGACUGAAGAGGGCUCUCUGUGCACGGCCGGUGUUGGUGACCCCAGACUUCAGCCGGGGGAUGAUUGUGCAGACGGAUGCGUCAGAGGUGGGCAUAGGAGCAGUACUAUCCCAGGAGGUUCACGGUGAGGAACAUCCCGUCAUGUACAUCAGCCGGAAGCUGAACACAAGGGAACAAGGAGCCGGAGCCAAGCAUGGGAAUGCAGAUGCCCCGUCCCGUAGAGAUGCCCUGUGGACCAUGGUCACCUCUCCUAGGCUAGUACUGAAGGAGGGGGGGUGGUAUAAGGGGCUGAGAGGCAGGGUAGUGGGAGGCACCUACAUUCCCAACAGUUAUGUUAAUCUGCUCAGUAAAUACAAACAGAUAGUUAGCCCAUCUUUCUUUCACGGCUGUGCUUUUCCUUCCUGCUGCCAGGUUCCUCUGUGCAUCGACUCCUCUAACUUCUCAGUGAUUGAGGCUGGGCUGAAAUGCUGUCAGGGGAAGUGUAUUGUGAACAGCAUCAGCCUGAAGGAAGGAGAGGAGGAGUUCUUACACCGAGCUGCCACUGUGAAGCGCUACGGAGCCGCUGUGGUCGUCAUGGCCUUUGAUGAGGAGGGACAGGCCACAGACGCAGAGCGGAAGGUGGAGAUCUGCACUCGGGCCUACAAUCUGCUGGUCAACAAAGUGGGAUUCAACCCCAACGACAUUAUCUUUGACCCAAACAUUCUCACCAUCGGCACAGGCAUGGAAGAACACAACGACUUUGCCAUAUACUUCAUCAGAGCCACCAGAAUGAUCAAGGAAACAUUACCAAGAGCCAGGGUGAGUGGAGGUCUGUCCAACCUGUCCUUCUCCUUCAGAGGGAUGGAGGCCAUCAGAGAAGCCAUGCAUGGAGCGUUUCUCUACCAGGCUAUCAAGGAUGGGAUGGACAUGGGCAUAGUGAAUGCUGGGAACCUGCCGGUGUAUGAUGACAUAGAUAAAGAGUUGCUGUUACUGUGUGAGAACCUCAUCUGGAACAGAGACACUGAGGCUACUGAGAAACUGCUGACCUACGCUCAGAACAAUGUGAAAGGAGCGAAGAAGGUGGUUCAGACGGAUGAAUGGAGGGAAGGAAGUGUGGAGGAGAGGCUGGAGUACGCUCUCAUCAAGGGAAUAGACAAGCAUGUGGUUGAGGAUGUGGAGGAGUGUCGGGCUCAGGUGGGCCGCUACACCCGGCCCCUGCACAUCAUCGAGGGGCCCCUGAUGAACGGCAUGAAGGUGGUGGGGGAUCUGUUCGGAGCUGGGAAGAUGUUCCUUCCACAGGUGAUCAAGUCUGCCCGGGUGAUGAAGAGGGCGGUGGGCCAUCUGAUUCCCUUCAUGGAGAAGGAGAGGGAGGAGAUGAAGGCUCUGUCCGGCUCUACGGAGGACGUGGACCCCUAUCAGGGCACCAUAGUUCUGGCCACAGUGAAGGGAGACGUCCAUGAUAUUGGAAAGAAUAUUGUGGGAGUGGUGCUGGGUUGCAACAACUUCAGAGUGAUCGACAUGGGUGUGAUGGUCCCCUGUGAUAAGAUCCUCAGAGAGGCCGUCAAACAGAAAGCAGAUAUCAUCGGUCUGUCCGGGCUCAUCACCCCCUCCCUGGAGGAGAUGAUCUAUGUGGCCAAAGAGAUGGAGAGACUGGGGAUGACCACACCCCUGCUGAUUGGAGGAGCCACCACAUCAAAGACACACACUUCAGUGAAGAUCGCCCCUCGAUACACUUCCCCUGUGGUCCACGUGCUGGACGCCUCCCGGAGUGUGGUGGUGUGCUCCCAGCUCCUGGACGAGGUCAUGAGGGAGGAGUACUUUGAGGAGCUGAAGGAGGAGUACGAGGAUAUCAGACAGGAGCACUACGACUCCCUGAAGGACCGUCGGUACCUGUCUCUCUCUCAGGCCAGAGACAAGGCUCUGCAUAUAGACUGGCUCUCUGCGCCCACACCAGUGCGUCCUCACUUCCUGGGUACUCGUGUGUUUGACCGCUACGACCUGAACAGUCUGGAGGAGUUCAUCGACUGGAAGCCUUUCUUUGACGUGUGGCAGCUGAGGGGAAAGUACCCCAACAGAGGUUACCCCAAGAUCUUCAAGGACAAGACUGUUGGUUCUGAAGCGCGGCGAGUCUUCGAUGAGGCCCAGCGGCUGCUCCACCAGAUGAUUGACAGUGGCAGUCUGAAGGGGCGGGGCCUGGUGGGGUUCUGGCCCGCCCAGGGUGACGGUGAUGACAUCAGAGUGUACCGAGAAGACGCCCCGGCAACCAGAGACGCCCAGCCCAUCGCCACCUUCCACGGCCUGAGGCAGCAGUUGGAGAAGGACAGCUCUAGCUCCGAGCCCUACCUGUGUGUGUCUGACUUCGUUGCCCCCCUGGACAGCGGUGUGUCGGACUACAUUGGUGUGUUUGCUGUGGGGGUGUUUGGAGCUGAGGAGCUGAGUCAGCACUUCCAGGCUCAGGGAGAUGACUACAGCAGCAUCAUGGUCAAAGCGCUGGCCGACCGCCUAGCUGAGGCCUUCGCUGAGGAGCUCCACGCUCGUGUGCGUAAGGAGCUGUGGGGCUACAGCACCGACGAGGCUCUGCAGGCCUCAGACCUCCACAGAAUCCGGUACCAGGGCAUCAGACCUGCAGCUGGAUACCCCAGCCAGCCGGACCACACAGAGAAGACCACCAUGUGGAGCCUGGCCGGGGUCCAGGAGAAGACCGGUAUUUGUCUGACAGAGUCCCUGGCCAUGCUGCCUGCUGCCUCCGUGUCUGGACUUUACUUCUCCAACCCUCAGGCCACAUACUUUGCUGUGGGGAAGAUCACCAAGGAGCAGGUGGAGGACUACGUCAGGAGGAAAGAGCUGAGUGUGGAGGAGGUGGAGAGAUGGCUGGCUCCAGUGCUGGGCGUCUACCGGAGGGCAGAAGAGCAAACAGGAAAUCUCCAGGGUGUGAAGAGUCUGCAAUUAUUUUGCCUGCUCUGUUGAGGCAACGUUGGCUGAAGAGUUCCUCCAGAGAAGGCAGUGAGCAGCCGAUGACCUUCUGGGCUGUGUUGAUGACCCUCUGAAGGGAUUUCCUGUCCUUUUCUGAGCAGCUGGCACACCACUCGUUUAGGCAAUAUGCCUUGGGUCAUAAUAACUUUAUUUUGCCCACUCUGAACUGUUAUACAACCCUGUUUUUGUAUCUGUUGACUAAUGUCAAUACAUCAGUGUUUAUGGUUAUUUUAAUAAGGGAGGAAAAUUUCAUCCUUUUAGAAAAUGUGUUAAUUUCCUUUCUCUCUGUGUAUGUGUUUGGUAAUGAUUCCUGUUUGGUCAGUAUGUGGUUAGCCUAGCUUAGUAUAAAGACUGGAAGUAGAGAGAAACAGCAGUCUUUAUACUAAGUCUUUCUAACCCACUCUAAAAGAAAUGUAACACUGUUGAACUAGUUCAAAUGUUUUAAUGAAACAAGACUCAGGAUCUGUUUUUACUUGAAUUGGCAACAGUCAAUAUGUAUUUCUUAUUACAGUUCUAACCUUGGAGGUACUGAACAAUGUAUUUGCACUUAAAAGGUAUUAUGGCAAACAGUGAACAAUAUAAUAAACCCGGCUGCCAAUGUUAUAAUCUUUAUUUCAAACCAAAUCAAUUCAAACUAAUUCAUCACACUACAAACCCUGGACAUCUGUGGUUUCAUUUUUUUUUUACUAAUUUCAAUUAUUUUCAAUGUGUAUAUGGAAGGGAAAGUUAGAUGUUUACAAACAGAUACAUCUAUUUAUUUCAGUUCAUUUAAAAACAUUUUAAAUCCUUAUUUUAAUGUUCUUUUGCAGUUUUUUUAAAUCAACAUUUGCAUGGAGGUUCUUAUUUGUUUAUUACUCAAGUGCCAAAGUGGUCAAGUUUAUAUUAUAUGGUGCAUUUAAAAAACAAAGGAUUCUUGAUAAAGUAUAAAAAACAUAAUAAUAUAUAAGAGGAGUCUUCCGAAAAGGUUGUCUUCUUACUUCAAAAAUGACUAUAAGUGAGAGACUCAAUGAAUACGUGUUAUUAAGAUAAAGUCUCAUUUGAUUAAUUUUCUAAUGAUUUUUUCCUUUGUUAAUAGUUCUGUUGAUAAUUGUAUCCACCAAAAUUGUCGCAGUACAUUUCAGCCUCCAGACAUCUGAACGUACGACAAGCACCCAAUGAUUUCAAGCUUCUAUCAUACGCUUAUUUCCCAGUGAGACAGUAUCCUGUGUAACUCGAAUAAGAUUUUGUGUAUUAUUUGAAUCUGGUUAGUUCAUCUCAUUUCAUUUCAAACCUUUAUUUAACCAGAUUGGUCCCAUUGAGAUCAUAGAUCUCUUUUUCAAGGGAGACCUGCUUCUUCCACAUGAAACAUAAAAUAAUAAAGGACAUUAUAUUUACAGGAUACAUUUACAAGUGCCCAUAGUAUCAACGAGCAUUUCAUUUAGCCUAGCUUUAAAAACAUGCAGAGGAAGGAGAUUGCUCAGUUUCAACUCUUGAUGAAGAUUGUUCCAAGCAAGUGGAGCUGCGCACAUAAAAGCUCUCUUACCUAAGACAGUCCUUGCUCUUGGCACAUCUAACAAUAGUACAUCAUGAGAUCUCAGACAAUAGCUGCUUGCUACUCUCUGUGUUAUCAGAGAGCAGAUAUAAUACGGGAGUUUACCCAACAAAGCUUUAUAAAUAAACGUGUACCAAUGACUGAGCCUCUUUACAGUAAGUGAUGGCAAACCUGCCUUGGCAUACAGGGUACAGUGAUGAGUAAGUGCUUUACAAUUAGUGACAAAUCUCAGUGCGCUGUGAUAGGCGGCAUCUAACUUGUUCAGGCAAUAAGCAGGUGCAUUCAUAGAACUGCUGAUUGUCAAUUCAUAAUGUUAUUUCUGAGGGAUUGUUAAAGCCUUGUCCAGGUUUUAUGAAUGCCUAUCUUCCAAGUGUUACUGAGGUGAUAUAUACUACACAAAGAUCUGUAAGACACAUUUUAUUACGAAGUAUGCAUAUUCAUCUAUUUUGCAAGCAUUAAAUAACACAUUUUAUCUACACAGUGCUUUGAACAAAUCAGUAGUGACAACUUAAUAAUACAAAUGAAGUAUUGUAAAUGAUUAUUCAACGCAGGAAAAUCCACUGUACCAGCAUGUAGGGUUUAAACACUUUAACAAACUUGAAUGUAUAUUUUUUCUGACUUGAUAAGAAACAAAAAAACAGUUUGCUGCAAAUGUAUGGCUGUGAUGACAACACAAAUAAUAAUUGUUUACAAUCAGAGAUAUAUAUUUUUAUGUUUUUUCAUCAAAUGUAAAAGCAUGAUUUAAAAAAGUAAAGAAAAAAAGGAUGCUUUAAACUAAAUUGUUAAGAUUAAACUCUCCUCUUGAAAAUAUAAGAUAAUAAGAUUAGAUAGAUUAUUGGUAAUUACAGUGAAGGGUUAAUUUAGUAUGGGAUAACCCUUGGAUGUUUUUAUCAAAUGUUAUUUAAUUCCAGUUUUGCCAACAACAAAUACAGCAUUUCAGACUUUGAGGUAUAUUUAGUUCUCUCACAACAUCCACAUACUGUUGACAUGUUACCAGGUAUUAUCAGUGUUAUACUGUUAAUGGACUUUACAACAUUCUCAUUCCAUGAUCCGAAAAAGUCUCUGGAUAUACCAAAAUGUUGGGUUCAAUUUGAAAUGGUGUUUAUAUUAGAUGCUAGCUUAGUGCAUUUCACAUGUGUCUUAAAAGCCCUGAUGUGCUGCAGUGGCUGAUCUUAGUUUGAAUGAAACUAUUUUUUAACAAGUUUGAUUUUCUUACAUUGUUAACAAGAGUUGUUGAUACAUGAUGAUUACAUUGCAAACACUGUAAAACAGGAGCAAUAGAACGGUGUUUUUCGUUGAGAAUAAAUCACUGCAACACUG